AUGAAGGACGAUUCGCGGAUUCUGAGCCUGGCCGACGGCACGCAGUUCUUUGCCUUCAAAGGUAUGGGCAGCGCCAUCUUCGUGCGCGACUGCUGUGAGGCCCUGGCAGAGGAAGCUCUGUCCAUGAAGCCGCCGUCCGACGACCAUCAAGCCCCCAUGAUGGUGGUGGAUUGCAAAAGGUUUGACGAGCGCAUGCUCUUCACCAGCAAUGGAGCCUAUAGAGGCAGCAGGACGGCGUUCCGGGAGGAGCUCCGUGAUCCGAACACCUGGUAUCUUGUGGACGCGCAGCUGCCGACACUGGUUCCGGCCAUCACAGUGCAGACCUCCUCCCCCCACCAUAAAAAGACCUAUGAGUUCCGGAAGGAUGGGGCGAGAAUGAGGGUCAUGAAGACCUGGAGCUUGGAGGAAUUGGAGGCGGCCAGGCAUCUCUUUCCAGGGGUGUCACAUGACAGGCUUUGCCAGCUGUUCUCCAUAUUUGGCGGCGUCAUCCGGCACUGCCUUGCUCUGGCGCUCGAGGAGGAGGCUGAGGCGAUGCUGAUGGAGUCCAUCGGCUACACCAACAUCCAUACCCUCCUCUCUGCCAUCGGCCGACCUGAGCUGGUGAGGAACAAUCCAUGGUAA